AAAAGAGUGGUUGUUGAGCAAACCUGAAAUCGCUUUAUCCAUCACCACCACCACUAAAUUCUCUUCUCUGCAACAUUCUUCAGACCACGCGAGAGUGUGCUUCAUCUCCUUUUAUCCUAUGCGGUAGGCUUCGCGGUAACGAAUGUGCGCCUGAGAUCUGCACUGUACGGACGUUCAUCCGGAUCUUUUGGACGACAAUGGGGAGUGCGUCGUCGGAGGACGGCUCGGACCAACAGAGCGAGGAGCGGUGUGGGAGUUAUAGUCUGAGCGCCGAUGUGAGCGAGUCCGAGAGUUGCAGCAGCUUCUCGUGCCGGAGGUUCGAUGCGGAAGGGGCUUCGAGCUCGAUGACGUCAUCUCCGCGUCAGGUGCCCGGAAAUUUUUGUUUUCAGGCGCCGGUUAUGCUUCCGGUGAUCGGAGGAAAGGAUGUGGUGGCUUGGGAUGAGAAGCCGGAGAAACGAGACGCUGAUUUGUCUGAGGUCGAAAUGAUGAAGGAGAGAUUCGCUAAGCUUCUGCUUGGAGAAGAUAUGUCUGGAGGAGGGAAAGGAGUCUGCACUGCCCUUGCUAUCUCAAAUGCCAUCACCAAUCUUUCUGCAACUGUUUUUGGUGAGUUAUGGAGGUUAGAGCCACUGGCACCACAGAGAAAGGCAAUGUGGCGACGAGAGAUGGAGUGGCUCUUAUGUGUGAGUGAUUCAAUUGUUGAGCUUGUGCCUUCGAUACAACAGUUCCCGGGUGGGGGUACAUACGAAGUCAUGGAAAUGCGACCACGCUCUGACUUGUAUGUGAAUCUACCUGCCAUAAAGAAGCUUGACGCAAUGCUGCUUAGUAUGCUUGAUGGGUUUUGUGAGACGGAGUUUUGCUAUGUUGACCGGGGGAUAAUUGUGGACGAUUCCAAUGAUGGAAAGGGGUUUAUGCCCGGUGGAAGGCCUUCAAUUAGGCAGGAAGAGAAGUGGUGGCUACCCUAUCCAAAAGUUCCACCAAAUGGGUUGUCCAUUGAAGCACGAAAGAAGUUGCAGCAGUGUAGGGACUGCUGCAACCAGAUAUUGAAGGCUGCCAUGGCAAUUAAUAGUAGUGUGCUUGCUGAGAUGGAAAUCCCGAGAGCUUACAUGGAGUCAUUGCCUAAGAGUGGGAAAGCUUGUCUGGGUGAUAUCAUUUAUCGUUACAUAACUGCAGACCAGUUUUCACCCGAGCAUCUUCUUGAUUGCCUGGACUUGUCAUCAGAACAUCAAACUCUAGAAAUAGCCAAUAGGAUUGAGGCAGCUGUGCAUGUUUGGAAGCAGAAAGACCAGAAAAAACACAAUAAUCAUCAGAAAGCUAAACGUGCAUCUUGGGGUGGCAAGGUCAAGGGACUUGUCUCUGAUACUGAAAAAAAUCAUUUUCUGGCCCAACGAGCAGAGACCCUCUUACACAGCCUAAGGCAUCGUUUCCCUGGCCUCCCACAAACUGCACUAGAUAUGAACAAAAUACAAUACAAUAAGGACGUGGGGCAGUCAAUUCUGGAAAGCUACUCGAGGGUUAUGGAGAGUCUGGCCUUUAACAUAAUGGCAAGGAUAGAUGAUGUCCUCUUCGUUGAUGAUGCUACUAAGCGAUGUGCUGCAGCAGAAUCAAUGUCUAUUUUCAACAGGGGAGGUUUGGGUGGCCUUCCUAUCCAGAAGAGGAUGUCGCCCAGCCCCUUCUCCAUUCAACACACUCCUUAUGGCUCUCCACUAGCAACUCCGACUUUCUGUUCCUCCACUCCAGUUGUUGGUAGUCCAGGAAGGACACCCCUGUGCGUAAAGCGCAGCAUUCGAAAAGAGGUACUAGACGAGAAGACAGAGAAAUUACUGGCAGCUGAUUUUGAGAGGGUGUGGUCAUAUGCUGGAAGCCUAAGCUCUAGAAGAACAACCGGGGACGCUCCGGAGCGAGAUUGACUUAAAAAUGUUAGCUCAGUUUUAAGUUGAAGUAGGUCCAUAUAACAACAGAAGUUGCAGAGCCUUGGAUCCUUGGUGCUGUCGAUAUCUAAUAUUGUAUAGUCUUUAUUAGCAAUAGAAAUAGGUUGGUCCAUAGUUUUGAUCAGGUAGUA